GCCGCAGCCAAAUGCGAGAGCGCCACGCGCAAUGCCGCCCAGACGGAAAAAACGGGCGGCGGCGAGCGGCAUUGAUGCCAGUACGCGCGGGGGACCGGGAAAUUCAUCAAUAUCGACGCCUGCAGCGCCCGAGCCAACUGCAAUUCAAGCUCCCUCAGCAAGCGUGCACGCAACCGCACCGGUGCAGCCCGCAGCCGUAAACGCGACGGCGCCGUCGCCUGUCAGCGCGCCGGCGCCCGCGGCACCGGCCGCGCCGCCCGCAGCUGUAAAUGCACAAGCGCCGCCCGCGGCGCCGGCCGAGCGGCGCAUGACCGACCUCGCGGCGGCCGCCGCCGAAGCGCCGAAGCCGGACCCGCCGAAGCGCAAGCGACCGAAGAAGGAGGGCGGCGCGGCGCGCAAGGGCAAGUGGACCGUCGAGGAGUACGAGUACACGACGCGCAUCAUCGAGCUGUUUAACGGUGGGCUGCUGGAACUGCCCGAGGGCGUGACGCUGCGGGCGCAUCUGGCGCGGAAGCUGAGCUGCGACCCGAUGCGCAUCACGAAGAAGUUUAGCGGAGCGUCGUGUCUUGGUAAUAAAGUUUUCCACAGCGCGGGCGCGCGGCCGCGCGGCGACCGGCCGCGGCCGUCGCCCCAGCAGCUCGAGGAGGCGGCGCGCGAGUUGCAAGUUCUGGAGGGCCGGUUCCAGGACGCGUGCGUGCGGUCGUCCGAGUCGAAGGACGUGCGCAUGAUCGACCUCGAGGCGCGGUUCCAGAAUUCCGAUCGGGUCGUGUCGACGCCGGCCAUCGACGCCUUCAUCAUGCAGAGCUGCCAGCCGACGUGGGACCCCGACCACGUGGCCUCGGCGCCGCCGCCUCUAGCGGAGCCGCGGCCCCUCGCCCCAGCGCCUAGUGCGCCGGCGGCGUCGUUCCCCGUGCCGCAGAUCACGCAGCUCCCCGCGCCCGCUGCGGCCGGACCGGCGCCGGCCUCGCCCCAGACGUCGAACGACCAGAUCGCUGCUGGUCUACUGUUGGGCUUCGGCCGGGCCUGCUCCCAAAAUAGUGGUGACAGCUCGGAGCUCGUCGGCUUCGUCGAGGACGUCACCAGCCGCGCGGCCGGGCCGCCGCCGCCGCCGCCUGAAUCCUGAUCUCUCUCCUUUCUUUGCUUUGCUGGAGC